CCCCUUUUACAAAGUAACACGAUGCUAGUAUUAAAAUACAGUCAAAUGUAAGGCUACCACUUCCAACAAAAUUUGUACAACCUGAAUAGACAUUAAUAUCUUUGAAUGUAAGCUAUCGUCGAUUGAUUCAGUAGGGUGCUACCUUUCGUAAAUCCCUGCUGACCAUUACGUCAGGGUCUAGUUAACCGGAAGUUGUGAGGCGAUGUAGGGACUGUGAACUGUGUGGGGGGUUUUAUUAUUUGCUUCUUCUUCUCCCAGCUUCUGCGUUGUAAAGGGGCCGACGUGAAUCUGUAUCUCCUUGAAAACCGUACCGCCUUAUUAAGUUGGACGUUAAGGUUUUCCUCAAUGCCUGAGCUCAGUGUUGCAGUUCCACCUGACGAGCGGGUGCGAGCCCUUACCCAGAAGGGAAGUUCAGUGGAAGUAAAUAAUGAAAUCCCAAUAAGACGCUACUUCCGAUCAGGAGUUGAGAUGAUAAGAAUGGCAAAUAUUUAUGCAAAUGAAGGCAACACUGAAAGUGCAUUUGUUCUAUAUAACAAAUAUAUAACACUAUUUAUUGAGAAGCUACCAAAGCAUCCAGAAUUUAAAGCCUCAAAUGUACCUGAAAAGAAAGAUACAGUUAAGAAACUUAAAGAAGUAGCCUUCCCUAAAGCAGAAGAACUGAAGAAGGAAUUGUUGGAGAGGUACAGCAAGGAGUAUGAGGAAUACCUGGCCAAAAAGAAAAAAGAGGAGGAGAAAUUUGCCCAGAAAAUGACCCGUCAAAAAAUGCUGGAAGAGGAGAAACAAAGGGUUGCUUUGAUGAAGCAGCAACAGUUGGAACAAGAACAGCUUGAUGCCUUUGAAGAGAUGCUGCGCCGCAAAGAGCUUGAAAAGGAGCGGUUAAGAGUCUUAGAAGAAUUUGGAAAACUUAGAAAAAGUUCAGAAUCUGAAGAAGGUCCUUUAAUAGCUGGCGUAGAUAGACCACCUGUUGUACACCCAGGCAAUGAGUCCCCAAGUGCACCUGUGUUACCUGGCAGUAGAUUUACACCAACAGGACCACCUGCUGUAGAUAGAUCUCUUAAGCCAAGAGCCUUUGGGAGCAUGUACAAUACCACAACAGUAGAUGGACUUCGUCUUGUAGAUGUUCCUCAAGAAUUGUGCAUCAAGUUCCUGCAGUUAGCAGAUACAAAUAAUGCACGAGGGAUAGAGACAUGUGGAAUUCUGUGUGGAAGACUGAUGAGAAAUGAAUUUACAGUAACUCAUGUUAUUAUACCAAAACAAUGUGGAGGUCCAGACCACUGCAACACAGAGAGUGAAGAAGAGCUCUUUCUAAUCCAGGAUGAACAAAAUCUUGUUACUCUAGGCUGGAUUCAUACUCAUCCAACCCAGACAGCAUUCCUGUCCAGUGUAGACUUACACACACAUUGUUCUUAUCAGUUGAUGUUACCUGAAUCCAUAGCCAUUGUCUGUUCUCCAAAAUACCAAGAGACUGGAUUUUUUAAACUGACUGAUCAUGGAAUGGAUGAGAUUUCUGCAUGCAGACAGAAGGGUUUUCAUCCACACACCAAGGAGCCACCUCUUUUUACUGUAUGUAGUCAUGUGACAGUCAGUGAACGGACCGUAACUGUGAUGGAUCUUCGAUAACAAUGUGUCCUUAGCAAAGCCUUCAUUUGCAUAAACACAAGAGACUUGUUGCUGUUUUCAGUUUCAGAAAGAAGCAACUGACUUUUUUCACCAAAUCUUCCUCCUUUAAGUUGAAGAUAAACUAAUGCAAUAUGAAAGAGUUUUACUGCCUUUUUGGUGGGAGUGAUCAUAACUGAGGGAAAAGUGGUUCUGGUCACCUGGUCCCCUUAUAAACCUAGAGCUGUUUGCACUAGAUUUCCCUUACAGUUUUAGUUUGCUUUCUCCACUUCUUAUGCUCCAUAAAUCUGUAAACCACUUCCAAGUGAUUUAAAUAACAGAAGCUAAUUAGUCUUUCCCCAGAAUCCUCAAGAAAUUGUUAAAUGAAGAAAAAUACGUUUAAUUUGUUUGUUUUUUUUACUUUGAAAAUGUGUAGCAUAUUUCAAAUGUUCUGUUAAUUUAAACAGUGCCAUUUUUAUCUAUCUUUAAUUUCUCUCUUAUUUUGUUUAAAUUAUUUAAAAUCUGUUAAAAUACUAAGAUUCUGUUGCAGACCUUUCUUAUCUUAACUUGAUUCAAUGACAAUGAGAAUUUAUUACCUUCUUGUAAAAUUCAUUAAUUCUGGAAUUAAAAUAAUUUAGCAGAAUUAACACUGAAAACAGAAGUAUUUCAGAGUUUUAAUGCAGGAUUACUACCACAAAUUCAGUUUAUACAUUGAUUAGAAAGUGGAGAUAUAUGCUGUGUGAGAGUUAAAUUACAGAGAAAGCUGUACAUAUAUUUAAAAACAAUGUGAUGGCAUAACACAGCAGUUACUGUCUGGAACAUUAACCUGUUAUUAAAAAUAUUACAAAAAAUUUUCUUGUUCAUUUGAGGAGUUUACCACUACAGAUUGCAUUGUAUCCCAUUAUCUGAUCUUAUACUUUUACUUACCACAUUCCUUUCAUAAGGUUCCUGUAUAUGUAAUAUGUAAAGUAUAUCAUACUUGUUUUCUGCAUUUCUGCUGCUACUGUAAAUUUAAUGUUCAGACGAUAAAUCUCCAUUAAACAACUUGAAAAUA